AUGGAGGGCUCCAACAGCUGGCGCCUACACAGGUGCAAGCAACGGGCUCGAUGGCGCACCGUGAUGGCGGUGGCUCUUGCCAUCAUCGUGGGCGUGAACGUUGGGCUCUUUAUCCACCUGGCCUCACUCUCCAGCGUGCUCGACCCGGACCCUCCCUUCGCCCCUGGCGAAGUGGGCGGGCUGCCAUUCCAUGUGGGCACCUACAACAUAUGGAACCACAACAACUACUGGGAUGUGCGCAAGCUUCGCAUAGCCGAGGUCAUACGCGACGCCCAGCUCGACAUCGUCGGGCUGCAGGAGGUGAGGAAUGUGCAGCACCUGGGCGGCAACCAGCUGGACCACCUGACGGAGCUGCUGCCCGAGUACCCCUACUCCAUUUUCCACUCCGCCCACAUCGCCAAGAGACAGAAACGAAUCAACCUGCGAGUUCACGACCCUGAGGAAGGCGUUGCCCUUCUCAGCAAGCACCCGAUCGUUUACAACGAAACCUUCACGCUCACCACCGUCUCUGGAUCGGAGGACGAGAAUGUGCGAGUGGUGAUCCUGGCGCACGUGGAGGUGCCCAAGCUGGGCCUGGUCUAUUUCUUCGUCACUCACCUGUCUUUCGUGCCCACCAUCCAAUGCCGGCACGUCUUCGAGCUCCUCCGCAUCAUUCGCUCGCUCGACCUCGACCCCAACCGACCCAAGAUCGUCGUGGUGGAGAGGGAGAACAGGUGCUGGGAGAUCGCGAGCGGCGAGAACCUGGACUGGUCCACCGCCGCCGUACGAGGCAACACGCACCGCCUCACCGACGUGUGGUCCCUCCUCCGGCCCGGCGACCCGGGCUUCACCUUUUCCAACCUACCCUGGGCCGAGCACACGCACACGUACCCGGCGCGGCCCACGCGGCCCGAUCGGAUCUAUGUGAGCGGCCUCGCCCACGGGGCCAGCUCGGCCGUGCCCCACGGCGUGGUGCCGCGCCGCAUCGUGCGGCAGGAGGACGGGUCGCAGUACCGGCGCCUGUACUACUGGCGCCUCAUGGCCCACCGCACGCGGCACCUCGUGCGCACCCUCAUCGAGCCCGCCAGCAACCACAACCCCUACUACACCUACGCCCGCGUCUACUCCGACUUCUACCAGCCGCUGCUCGACCUCUGGCACGGCGCGCCGGCCGAGCAGGAGGAGGGUGAACUGUCGGCUGAGGAGGAGAAUCUGCAGGCGGUGCUGGCCAGCGUCGAGGUGGACGAGUUCGGCGCCAUAGUCGCCACCACUGCCAGCAGCACCACCACCACCAUGCGCGUCAAGCAGAAGGCGAAGAAGAAGGGCGGCAAUCACAGAAGCGGCGCCACGGCCAAGCCCAGGCGUGACGAAGGCUACGACGACGACGAGGAGGGCUCACCGGAAGGGCUGCUGGACGUUCUCUGGUCGGCGUACGAGGCCGUGGACCCGAGCCCGCGGCUGUUGGGCUUCGCCGUGCACCGGCUCCUGUGGGACGUCCCCUCCCACCUGCCCCUCUACGCGAUCGCCGUCGCGCCCACCGCCCUCCUCAGCGUCAUCGCCCUCGCCAGCCUCUGCGGCUGCUGCGGCUGUCCGCUCCACCGACCACGCAAGAAGGGCCACCAUCAUCAUCGGACCACCCACCGGCAGCGUUGCCUGCGGCUGCUGUGCGGCUGCCUGGCGCUGGCGCUCCUGGUCGCGGUGGCCGUGGCCCUGAGUGCCGCGGUCUUCCUCCUGCCGAUCCUCUUCACCGGCUACAUCGACGACCUCGUGCCCUCCGACCACCGCCUCGUCGUCGCCUCCUUCUCCUACUGA